CGAGCCACCCCCGCGGGCGGCGGGAAGCGAGGCGAUGGCGGCGGGCGGGUUCAGAACGGUGGAACCUUUGGAGUACUACAGGAGGUUCUUGAAAGAAAACUGUCGACCGGACGGGAGGGAGCUUGGUGAAUUCCGGACCACCACUGUCAACGUAGGUUCAAUUACUACUGCAGACGGCUCUGCUCUUGUGAAGCUCGGAAACAUGACUGUGAUCUGCGGCAUAAAAGCGGAAUUUGCAGCACCCCCUGUUGAUUCCAGCAAUAAAGGAUAUAUUGUUCCUAACGUGGAUCUGCCUCCGCUCUGCUCGUCACGAUUCCGACCAGGACCACCAGGAGAAGAGGCCCAGGCAGCGAGCCAGUUCAUGGCCGAUCUGAUCGAAAAUUCACAGGUAGUAAGGAAAGAAGAUCUGUGCAUCGUAGACGGGAAGCUUGCUUGGGUCCUAUACUGUGAUAUUAUAUGCUUGGACUACGACGGGAACCUUCUGGACGCCUGCGUGUGUGCUCUUCUAGCAGCUUUAAAAAAUGUGCAGUUGCCCGCUGUCCGUAUAAACGAAGAAACCGGUUUAGCGGAAGUCAACCUGAAAGAAAAGACUGCUCUGACGGUCAGGAAGGAGCCGGUGGCCGCCUCGUUUGUGCUGUUUGACUCGCUCGUGAUUGUCGACCCGACCGCAGAAGAGGAGGACUUGGCGACUGGCACAGUGACAAUCGUCACUGAUGAGGAAGGCAAACUGUGUUCUGUUCAUAAACCAGGGGGGAGUGCGCUGAUGGGGGCCAAACUUCAAGACUGCAUCGGCCGCGCCAAGACGAGACACAAGGAAGUGAAGAAGCUCCUGGAUACAUUGAUCAAAAGUGUGGAGGGAACAUAGGCAGCCAAUGGGGGGGGG